CACUCGCGGCAGAGGAGGCGGCGGCGCAGGAGCGGAGCGGAGAUUCAGUCUCAAUGGAAGUGGUACCAGCCUGGGCCUCAGCCGUGGGUUUCACGCUCCUGCCUCAUGCAGGAGGAGUUUUAGGAAGCAAGAUAACCAGAAAGGAAAUCCCAGUGUGGUAUGAAUCUCUGCAGAAGCCAUCCUGGUGUCCCCCUAACUGGGUGUUUGCUCCAGUUUGGGGAACUCUCUAUACAUCUAUGGGAUACGGCUCCUACCUGGUGUGGAAAGAAUUGGGGGGCUUCAGUGAAAAGGCGGUGGUUCCUCUGGGCCUGUAUGCAGGGCAGCUGGCAUUAAACUGGGCAUGGACUCCCAUAUUUUUUGGAGCUCACAAAAUGGGAUGGGGGCUGGUGACUCUCCUGCUCACAACUGGUACAGCGACAGCUACCACUGCUUCCUGGUAUCACAUCAACAGAACAGCUGCUUACUUGAUGGUCCCGUAUUUAGCUUGGCUGACCAUGGCUUCUGUGCUCAAUUACCGGAUCUGGAAAGACAAUCGCAACAAGAAAUCUGAAUAAACAGCUUUCGGUCAAAAACA